UACAGAUAGACGGGAUUGACGGUUCGUAUCGCAUCUGGCAGAUGCGGUAUCGCAUCAGUCAGUGACGCACGUGUAGAUACAUCUCAUUUACACUUAAAGUUAUUAAACAUGGGUGUGAAUGAAGAAAAUGUGAGACCUAAGGGGCUUGGCGUCCGGCAUGCACAGACGGCUUUGUUGUUCCUGGCGAUGCUGCUGGCAUACACCAUGCGUGUCAACAUGAGCAUGGCCAUUGUCAGCAUGACUGACAAAACUAAUGAAGACUAUUUCGAUUGGAGCCAUGUGCAGCAGUCUGUGAUCUUGUCAUCUUUCUUCUGGGGAUAUGUGGUGCUGCAGAUCCCAGCUGGGGAACUGGCCAGUCGGUUCGGAGGGAAGAUGCUCAUGGCCAUAGCAAUAAGUGUUAAUUCGGCGCUGUCACUCCUGUUACCCAUUGGAGCCACUUACGGCGGCUGGCAAAUGGUUUGCGGGUUUCGUGUCCUCCAGGGUCUGACGCAGGCCUUCGUAUUCCCGUCCAUGCACCAUCUGGUGGCGCAGUGGAUCCCCCUUGAGGAGAAGGGAUUACUGGCCACUAUUAUUUAUGCCGGCGCUCAACUGGGUAUUGCUCUUCAGCUAAUAGCAGCCGGUUUCUUGGCGACGUAUCUUGGAUGGGCCUCCAUUUUCUACGUGAACGGAGCCCUAGGGGCACUAUGGACAGCGUUGUAUCUGUUCUUCGGUUCUAAUUCUCCGGAACAAUCGAAGAUUAUGUCGGAAGAGGAGCUUAAAUAUAUCCAAAAGUCGCUGGGAAGAGUUGGAGCUCAUGAGAAACACCCUACCCCGUGGUUGAAGAUAAUGACAUCGCUUCCUUUCUGGGCGGUCAUAGUCGCUCACUGCGGGCAAAACUGGGGAUUCUUCACACUGAUGACAGAAAUACCCACGUACAUGGCCAAAGUACUUGGCGUUGACUUGAAAAGUAACGGCAUGUUAUCUGCUCUUCCAUACCUGGCGAUGUAUUUGCUAAGCUUCCCAAUGGGGGCCAUGACAGAUCUCAUCAUCAGGCGUAAUUGGCUGAGUGUCUCCAACACUAGAAAACUUUCCAACUCCAUAGGUUUAUGGGGUCCGGCUAUAGCUCUAAUUGGGUUGUCGUAUUCGCCAGCUGGCAAUAUGGUCAUGGCUGUAAUCAUGCUUACUGUAGCUGUCGGCAUCAAUGCUGGCCAGUACACUGGGUAUAUGUUGGUCCAUAUCGACUUGGCGCCUAACUUCAGCGCCAAUCUGAUGGGCAUCACGAAUUUUGCGGCCAAUAUCAUCUCCAUCAUUGCACCUCUCGUUUGCGGAGUUAUUGUUAAUGAUGAGACGGAUCCGGCAGAAUGGCGCAAAGUAUUCUUCGUGGCAUCAGCAGUUUAUUUUGCUACAAAUCUGUUCUUCAUACUCUUCAGUACGUCUGAGAGGCAGCCAUGGAACGAACCCGAAGACAAAGAUAUCGAAAUGAGGAUCACAGAAAAAACAAACAAUUUAACGAACAAAUAUUGAAGAAAGAGCAGAAUAUUCAAUCGUUGUACCUGAACAAAUUAAUAGUAAUGCUUUACAAAUUAUAGGUGUUAAUUUUAAA